GUGAUAAAGCAAAAGCAAGUGUUAAAAGGGAAAGGAGAAUUUAUGUUUUUAGUAAUUUAGAGAGAGUUGAUCCAGUUAAAUAAAAUACUUCCACUUUAUAUACACUGAGAUACAUUCGUCUUCACUUGGCCAUGCUUUCUGGUGGUCAGAAGGAGAUUAAGGUUGUAGAGAUGAAUAGAGGAUUGCUUCAUCAAAGUCCUCUAGUCCAAAUCAUGGGGGGAAGUCCUAUGAUGAUGAGGCCGCCUAUUGAGCAAAGCUAUUGCUCCCUUCCUCCGUCAUCUUCUUCGACCACUAUGACUCCUUGCCAUGAUAGCCAAUUUCCUCCACUCUCGUGGAGCCAACUUUUGCUGGGAGGAUCGUAUGCUGGUGAAGAUGAGAAGCAUGAUGCUAAAAUUAUAGAGAGCUGUUGGGAAAAUCAGAUUGCAGACGCAAGCACAGGUGCUAAGCAUGAAUCCUGUGGAAGUGGGUACAUGAUCCAGAGCCCCAGGAGCAGUGAAGUGAUCGUCCAAGCGUCUAGGUGUUCAUGGAGUCAUCAAGUUUUGACUCCUCCCGUCUCCUCCAACACUGUGCGCAGCAACCUGUUGGAGUUCUCAAACACUAUUAAACCAGCUGAUAGCUCACCUGAGUGCAACAGCACAGCGACUGGUGGAGCUCUCAAGAGGGCUAAGAUUCAAGGCUCCUUCGCAGCUCAUUCCACGUUGAAGGUGAGGAAGGAAAAAUUGGGAGACAGAAUAACUGCACUUCAUCAGAUUGUUUCCCCUUUUGGGAAGACUGAUACUGCCUCUGUGUUGCAAGAAGCAAUUGGCUACAUCAGGUUCUUACAGAGUCAAAUUGAGGUUCUGACCACACCAUACUUGAGCAGCACUUCAGGGAACAUGAAGCAACCUCCCACUGAGAGCACUGUUGAGGACCUGAGGAGUAGAGGACUUUGCCUCAUGCCGCUCUCCUUCAUCUUGCACGUAGGAAGAGAUUUCGAGGGAAGCUAUCUGGGGAGUUUCUAAUUUACAGAUACAUGAGUGGCAGGUUCUGAGCAUUGUUGAAGCUUCUGCAGUUCUUGCUGCAUGCACAGUAUCAUUAGCAGUCACUCUGAAUGAAGAUUGAUUGCUCCUGAUAGUAUGCAUCAUGUUGGACGUGAGAUGCCGAAGCUCCAAUCCUGCUAAGAACGUUGAUAUUGAUCCCCUUGAGAACGUUGUUAUUGUAUAUCAUAGUACUUUGUGUGAUCUCAAUUCAAUUACUCAGUGUGAUCCGUGUGUUGUUUGCUAUA